AUGGUGGUUUUAAAGUCCACUUCACCCCUCUCCCCUCUCUCUUCCCAUUUCUUCACCCUCUCCUCCUCCUCCAAACUCUCCUCCCUCCUCUCCCUUCGCCACCACCAUGCUCAUCCCACCACCACCAAACCCACUUCAAGAGCCAUACUCUUCGGUGUCAAAGCCUACAUGGACAACUCCAACUCCUUCGGCAGUUUCGCCAACAGGGUCAUCGGGGCACUCCCCGUGGUGGGUCUCAUUGCCAGGAUCCUCAGCGACGAAGGUGGCGUCGGUGAUGACCUCGUGGACUUUGCUGAGUUCAGAAGACGCGUCGGGAAGAAGUGCUCCCAGGCUGAUUCCACUGCCUUCUAUGAGUUCCAAGACCGACGAGGAAGGGCAGGGGAUCCUCUCUAUGUUCUGUUAUGCUGUUGGCUAGCAGCCAUUGGUGCAGGUCUUCUCAAAACUGAGGAUAUCCUAGAAGGGGUGGCUAGGCUCCGGAUCUCAAAUGACAUUGAAUUUGAGGAGCAGAAUUUCAUGUCCUUGAUGAGUGAAGCAAAGGAGAGACGGGCAAAACUAAAGGCUGACCCUCCUGCAAUACCGAUGGAGAUUCGAGCUGGGAAGGCUCUUGAUGCAAUCUAUGUGUGUUGCUUUGGAAGGGAUGGUGUAGAGGAAGAAGAUGAGAGACUGCUGACAGCAAUGCUUGGUACCGUUUUCCCAACAGUUCAGCGCAAUGAGAUCCAGCGCCUUGUGAAAAACAAGGCAGAGAAAGUAGCAGGAGGUGUUGAUGAGGAGUUUGUUUCAGAACUCAAGCCUCUAUCAAAAGAUGCUGUUGAACUACAAAUGAAAGACCUUCAGUUCCUUCAACAAAAUAGUGAGACGUAA